AUGCAUUUCUCUGCCAUCGCAAUCCUCUGCUCGGUCUUCGCAUUAUCCAGCACCGCUAGCCCUGUGGUGUCUUCAUCUGUGAACUUCACGAAUGAGGUUUUCGAGAAGCGUCAAGCCGUUGAAACUGAGUACGAAGCUCUAUUCAAGACCGCCAAGCGCUGCUGCAUUAAUUGCGACAACCCCUAUGCCCGAUGUGGCGCCAGUGAGAACGGAAAGCGCGAAGCUGUCGAGACCGAGCAAGAAGCUUUGUUUGGAACCGUCAAGCGUGGUGAUACUGCUGGUGCUCCACAGUGGCCCACCAAGCGUUGCUGCAUCCUAUGUGACAACCGUUACGCCCGAUGUAGCUCGAGCGACAAGCGUGAUUUUGUUUCAACCCUGGAAGAGGCCGUUGAGGAUACGAACUAG